CUGCAGGUCACAUACCAGUUCGUAUGACGUAUCACACCAUCAUUUGAGAUUUCUCGACUUUGCUGCGCUGAGCUUUAACGAUCGCUUUUUUCAGAUCUUUUACAACCAUUGAAAUGGCCACAGACUCGAUCCCAUUCGCUUCCGAUGCAGAAACUCCCUUGCCUGCAGAAAGCCUCGAAGUACUUCGCAAGCAAUACAUGAGAGAAGGAGAGUAUGCAACCAUACAAACCAAAUUCAACUACGCAUGGGGUUUGAUCAAAUGCAAGAGAACUAUUGACAUUGAAAAAGGUGUCCGACUCCUCACAGAAAUAUACCAGCAAGCGCCAGAAAGACGACGAGAAUGUCUGUACUAUCUUGCUCUCGGACAUUACAAGAUGUCUAAUUAUAUCGAAGCUAAAAAGUUCAAUCAGCAACUCUUGGUGCAUGAACCCAAAAACUCGCAAGCCAUUGAACUCAAUAAGUUGAUCGAUGAGAAAGUCUCACGAGAGGGUGUAAUUGGGUUGGCAAUUGUUGGAAGUAUUGCGGCUGUUGGCGCGAUGGUCGUAGCCUCCUUGGUGCGCAAGUCAUCAAAGUAGGAUGUUCUAUAAUAUUUUUAUAUAUAAACGAGUGGCAUUUAGAUACAUCUUUAGUUGGACCCUAUGGUAACUGUUGAGACCGUGUAUAUGUGGAGCUGGAGAUUUUCAUGCUUAGUAGAUAGUAUACCGACGCGUCUUCGGAUCGGGACACUAAAUUCAUCGCCGAACUACCUUGUAUUCCUUAACGUGAUCGAACCGGUAGUGUGUCAUACAAGUGCAAAUCUUUGCACCAAAAAGACACCGUAAUGCAGAUAUAUCCAUUCAACUCGGUGCUCAAUACCUC